GCAGCUCCACACACCCAGUAACAUCCUCCUCCUCUCUCUGGCUGUGUCAGACUUUCUUGUUGGUCUCCUGUUAAUUCCAGCUGAGAUUUUUAGAAUCACAGUCUGCUGGAAUAUCCUGAUUGAACCAGGCAGGUAUAAUUCCUGUUAUGGAGAGUGUGUGUUUAUCACCAGUGAUAUUGCUGGCAUAAUUGACCUUGUUUUAUCUUUUAUCGUACCAGUUUCCAUCAUCAUAGUUCUAUAUAUGAGAGUAUUUGUGGUGGCUGUGUCUCAGGCUCGUGCCAUGCACUCUCAUGUUACAGCUACACUUCAGCGUUCACUGAAUCAAACAAACAAAUCUGAGUUGAAAGCAGCCAGGACCCUGGGGGUUCUUGUAGUUGUGUUUCUGGCCAGUUUCUGUCCAUUUUAUUGUUACUUUCUUGUUGUAGAAGACAUAGUCAGUGAUUCAUCUGCCUAUAUUGUGGUCAUCAUCUAUUAUUUUAACUCUUGUCUAAACCCACUAAUUUAUGCCCUGUUUUACCCUUGGUUUAGAAAUGCUGUUAAAGUCAUCAUCACUUUUCAGAUAUUCAAGCGUGACAGCAGUGAGGCCAACGUAAUAUAG